AUGAGCAUACUUCUUUUAUUGGGAAUAUUCGAUUCAGACAUUUCCACAACUUCGAUGGACACGAUGACGAACAAGUCUGUAAUAUCGAAAGAAAGUUUUGAUAGUCUAUGCGAUUAUAGCUUGCAAUUAAAUCGAUGGUUGUUGAAACCAAUUGGCGCAUGGCCUUCAUCCUCGUCAAGUUCAAAACUCGAAAGAAUCGUCUCGUUUUUAAUUUUACUUUGUUACGGCUUUAUAUUGUUCACCGUGAUCCCUUGUUUGUUUCACAUCGUUCUCGAAGACGAAAAUCUACAUAUGAAACUGAAAGUGUUCGGCCCGCUCAGUCAUUGGUUCAUAGGUGGAAUUAAUUAUACCACAUUGUUACUACGAAACAAAGAAAUACAAUAUUGCAUAGAACACAUGCAAACGGAUUGGAAGAUCGUGAAUAGAGCGAAGGAUCAGGAAAUUAUGAUGAGAUAUGCAAAGAUAGGGCGGUAUAUCGCUGCUUUGUGCGCUGUUUUCAUGCAGAGUGGCGUUCUAACCUAUUGCGUGGUAACUGCCUUCUCCACGCAGAUUAUCGAAAUCGGUAACGAGACAAGGAUCAUACAUAUGUUGCCGUGUGCAGUGUACAAAGAAUUAAUCUCAAUUGAUACGAGUCCAACCAAUGAAAUUGUUCUUAUUUCUCAAUUUGUGUCUGGAUUUAUAGUAAAUUCGAUCGCGGUUGGCGCCAUCAGCAUUGGCGCCGUAUUCACAGCUCAUGCUUGUGGCCAAUUGACAAUAAUUACAAGAUGGAUUCGUGAAUACAUAAAUCGAUCGAAGGAUAAUAAUAAGAACAUUGUAAUUAAUGAAAUAGGUGAGAUUGUUGAAUAUCAUCUCAGGAUUUUAAGUUUCAUAGCAGGUAUCGAGGAUGUGUUGAAUCGAUUUUGCUUUAUGGAAUUAUUCAAAAGUACGUUAGACAUAUCUAUGCUUGGAUAUUAUAUUCUUACGGAAUGGGCCGAUCGUGAUAUUCGUAAUUUGACUACGUACUUCAUGAUAUUAACGUCCAUGAGUUUUAACAUUUUUAUAGUAUGUUAUAUUGGAGACAUAUUAACGGAACAGUGUAGAAAAGUUGGUGAAGUACUUUAUAUGACAAACUGGUAUUAUUUACCUUGUAAAGACAUUCUUGAUUUGAUUCUGAUCAUUUCAAGAUCCAAUGCUGUUAUUAAAAUCACAGCUGGUAAACUAACUCAUAUGUCUAUACAUACAUUUGGCAAUGUAAUGAAAACAACUUUUACAUACUUCAAUCUAUUACGACAUGUGACGUGAUUAAAUACGUGACGUACUUUAUGUAAUUUUAUACAUUAACUUGUAAAACUUAAGAUAUAAAGAUUAAUAUAUACAUCAUAUCCCAUUUUUAUAUAAUUUAAAAU